AUGCUCCAAGAAGAGAUCCUCCAGGCCGAAACCUCUGAUCCACCUUCCCAGCUCCGAUCCAAACGUGGUCGAUUCACUUCCAACAAACGCAAGAGGCCUCGUUCAGCAACUCCCCUCCCUGCCUCCGAAGCACCAGUUGCCGAAUCUUCCGAGCCUGAACAACAAGGUCCUGCUUAUGGACCUCCCACUAAACACAAAGUCCAGGCCCAUCGCAACUUUGCGCGUAUUUCUAACGUGAUUAUCAACGACAUCACGCAACAUAAACACGCAGGACCUUUCCAAAAACCCGUGAGAGAGAAAGAUGCAGAAGGAUACACGGAUAUAAUCAAGCGGCCUCAAGAUCUGAAAUCCAUCAAAGCAGCCAUCACUUUUGGGUCUCGCGCCAUCAAUGCCGCUACCACUUCUUCAACCGUUGAUUCCCCAGCUAUUGGGACACCCUCCACUUCUUCAUCUUUGGUACUGCUCGACAAAACAGCAGAUUUGAUACCUCCCCGCGCCAUUGUCAACUCGAGUCAAUUGGAAAAAGAAGUCAUGAGGAUGUUUGCUAAUGCAGUCAUGUUCAAUCCUGGCGAAGAGGGAAUGGUCAAGGAUGCCAGGGAGAUGGCUGAUGACAUUGAAGCCAAGGUUCGGGAUUGGAGACAGGUUGAAGGUGCCGCUGCGGUUGGCAGACAGGAAGAGGACGAGGAAGGGCAAGCUGUCGGAGGAGACAAGAAGAGAAGGAAGGUUUGA